AUGUCCUCUUUCUCGACUUUCGUCAUGGACGUCCGCCGCACUCUCUUCCCAUCGGUCGUGAUGAUGCUUGCUCUCACCGUCUUCGGUAUCUUGCCAACACUCGUCAGCGCAACCUGCCCAUCGACUCAAUCUCCAUUCGCUCCUGGAUGGGACACCCUGUUGUCGACAAUAGUGCGGGAAAUGGCAGGCACUUUGCUGACCACCUCUCGCUCGAUCUGCACCGAAUGCUGCAUCUUCCAAUUCGGCCUAGGCAGCUGCGGCGCGUCGACCUUGUGGGACGGCAUUGUCCGCGACCCAGGAUGCAACGGUAUCUGGCCGCGCGAGCAGGCAUUGGGUUUCCCCGGUAUUCAGGGCGUCGACCACGUUUGGAUCUCCGAGUGUACAGGCGCGUUCACGAGCUGCAACUUGUACAGCAGCCCAGACUGCACAGGCAACCAGGUCAUGAAGAUUGACAAUAGCGCGAACGUGUGCCACUCACCUGGUUGGUAUAUCUUCAGCUUCGACUGCCAGAUCGACUGA